AUGCGGAGCCUCGCCGCCGCGCGGGCCGAGGUUCUGGGCGGCGCGGGGGAGCUGCGGGGUCAGGUUGAGGCGUGCGCGGGGGAGGUGCGGCGGGCGCUGGCCCUGGCGCAGGCAGGGGCGGAGGCGGCGCGGCGGGCGUGGCAGCAGGAGGGGGUUGUGGGGGCGGCGGACGUCGCGGGGCUGCAGCGUGACCUGGAGGAGGUCAGGCUGCAGGCCUCGGCGGCGGAGUGCCAGCUGGCGGCCCUCGAGCAGAAGCUGGCCGCCGCCCAAGCGGAGAAACGGCGCCUCCACGCCUCUGUGGAGCUGCGUGAGCGGCAGCUUCUCGGCAGCCGCCGGGAGGCCGCGGAGGCGUCCGCUGCCGCCGAGCGCGCCCGUGCCGAGGCCAGGCGCGCGGCGGAGCUGCUGGCAGACGGCGAGGCCCGGGCGGAAGAGGAGCGGGCGGGGCGGGACGCGGCGGCAGGCGCGGCGGAGGCGGAGGCGGAGGCGCUGCGAAGCGAGUGUCAGGCGGAGCGCGAGGCGGCGUCGGGGGCGCGCGCGGAGGCGGAGGCGGCGGCAGAGGAGGCGCGAGGGCUGCGGGGGCAGCUGGACGCGUCCGCGGCCGCGUGCGGGCGGCUGGAGUGCGCCGCGGGGGCCGCCGUCGCGGGGCGCCUGGCGCAGCUGCGUGCCGCAUUCCUCCCAUCCCGAGACGAGGGCGGCGGCGGCGGCGUGACAGCGGCAAGGGAUGGCACUGCGGGCGUGGGGGCGGCGGCGGGGCGGCCCAUCCCUGGUCCGGCCGUGUGUGAGGGUGCGGACGCUUCAGCAGAGCUGAUGCUGUUGGAGCAGAGCCUGGCCAACGCGUCGGCGUCGGCCGCCGCGCGGGAGCAGCAGCAGCUGCAGCAUCUGCUGUCGCUGCUGCCCGACUCGCCCCGGUCUUCCCUGGUGUCUUCAGGGCACGGCGGCAGCGGCGGCUGCGGGCCGGGCAGCGUGCGCAGCAGCAGCUGCGGCAGCCCGAGGGGCGCCGCGAGGGGGGAGGGCAUGACGGCGCAGCUGCUUCGCGCGAUGGCCGGGGAGAAGCGCCAGCUGGCGCGGCGGCUGAAGAGGCUGCAGCAGCAGCAGCAGCAGCAGCAGAGGCUGCAGCAGCAGCAGCAGCAGCAGCAGCAGCAGCAGCAGCAGCAGCAGCAGCAGCAGCAGCAGCACCAGCAGCAGCACCAGCACCAGCACCAGCACCAGCACCAGCACCAGCAGCAGCACUCUUGGCAGGGUCUGCCCUGCUCUCGCUCCUUCACACUGCCCGCCGGACCACCUGCAACAGGCUGCGGCGGCUGGCAGCCCUUCGGGACCUCCGCUGCUGGUCGGGAGGUCCCCGGCCCGUGUGCUGCGCAGCCGGCAGCACCGCCGGCCGCCUGGGGCGCCCUGCCCGCAGCCGUGCCCGAGGAUUGCAGUGGGGAGGAGGUCGAGUCGCUGCUGCUGGCCCUUGAGGCGUAUUGCCCGGAGGGUGCGGCAGGCGCCGCCGCCGCCCCACCCGCCGCGCCCCACGCGUCCGGGCCGCCCGGAAGCGCCGCCGGACGGCGCGAGUUUCAGCAGCAGGCGGGGCAACAGAGAGGCGCGUGGGGCACCGGCACAAGGCCUAAGGCUGAAGCGCGCAACAAGCGCGCACGCGCGCAUGUGUAUGCGUACGCGUGA